AAAGAAAAAGUAUCUUUCUAAUUUCAGUCGAACGAAAAAAUUUUCCACAAAAAAUUUACAAUAUAAAAAUUUUCGUGGAACUAUUCGAUAAAAAUACAAUUUCAUUGCAAAAAUUUGUAUGAAUUGGAAAGGACAAUUUAUUUCCAGCCAGGGUUAAAAUCAAAUUUUUAAAACCAAAAAAAGUGUAAGAAAAUUACAAGCAUGGAGGAUGAUGAAAGGUUAAAUUUAAAUCUCAAUGAAAUAUGGCGCGCUUGCCGUAAAAUACAAGCGACCAUUUUCCGCUAUGGUUUCGAUAUAUGCGCUGACUUCGAGGAGCACGAUCCAAACUGUACCGGUUUGAUAUCAGACUCUCUCUUCACCAGCAUCUUGGGCAAGUACAAACAUGUUGUGGGUCUUUCGGAAUUCGAGCUACUUGAAGUGACAGAUUAUUUUCGUCUGCGCGAUGGGCGCGUGGCUUAUAAGCAAUUUUGUAAAGUUGUUUGCCAAGAACCGGCAUCCGUCAACAAAAAGGAUUUGGCCACCGGUUUGGAAUGGAAUGAUCCAAUGCAAAUUAAUGUUAUACCGCGACCUGAGGACCGUCGACGUUUAUGUUUGAUACUCAUUAAAAUUGCCCAAUACAGCAAUUUGCCAUUAUUUCCAUAUUUUCAAGAUUAUGAAAUAGUAUCACAAAAUGUUGGUGUCGUUACUGUUGCACAUUUCUCGCGAGUGCUACACUUUCUAAAGAUCCCACUCUCAGAUGAUGACUUUCUACUCUUGCUCAAACGUUAUCUCAAGGAUUCUUACACGGUGAACUAUGUAGCCUUUGUAAAACAUAUACAAAACAUUAUGGAUUACAUGAAGCAGAAUAAUCUUUUGGACAACGCGAUGCAAAUCAUAAAAGACUUUCCUGGCCGCCUGGUUGAUCUAGAACUCUCCGAAUUACCAGCAAUUAAUGGCACUAAAAUGGCAUUAAGAAUAUUUCCCGAUCUGUGCAAUCAUCCCAAAGAGAAUAAGGAUGUGUGCGAUAUCAUAUUCUGUAUACAGAGCUACGUACACAAGCGUCGUGUGCGCGUCAAGGAAUUCUUGGAAUGUUUCGAUAACUUGCACACCGGCACAAUAACAAAAAAUCAAUUCGAACGCGGUCUAGAUAACAUCGGAGUACGCAAAUAUCUUUCACAACGUGAUAUGAGAUUACUGAUUACACGCUACUUAGAUCCGAUCGAUUCGAAUCGUAUAAUUUGGCGUUCGUUCGAAGAUGAAAUCGACCGGGUUUUCACACUCAAAAAUUUGGAGAAGAUGCCGCUUGUAGAAGUGCACUCACCACCCGAUUACAUUCAGAAUAUGCCGCGUGACGGUACUUUAGAUUGGGAUCGCGCCGAGGAAAGUGUACGCAAUUAUUGUGAGGAAGCUCUUUUACGUAUACAAACGCGUAUACGCAAUCGUCGUCUGCAUCUGCAUCCAUUUUUCCGCAACUACGAUAAAUUAAACCGAGGGCAUGUCGGCUGUAAUCAAGCCAAUCAAGUCUUCCUCACCAACGGCAUUUUAUUGUCUAAUAAUGAGCUGAACGCACUGCUAGAACGUUAUGGUAAUGAGCUCGGCUUCAACUACACAAAAUUCCUCGAGCAUGCCGAUCCUGCCGAAUAUGCUGUACCCAAGUUGAAACCACAUCCGGAAGCAUUGAAAACCAAAUGUCCGGCUAUUAGCAAAGAUGCCGGUGAUCACUUUAACGAGGAGUAUAUCAUUAAAUUGUUAUCGAAUAUCAAGCGACAGGCGAUAACUCGUAGCAUCAAUAUAAUUGACUUCCUACAAGAUUACGACCGACAUCGUGAAGGCGACAUAUUAGAGAUCGAUUUUAGACGUGGCUUAAGCAACGCGCUUAUAAAUCUAACAUCGGAUGAAUGGAAUGCGAUAGGCAACAUUUUUCGCUCGCCCAAACGCGCGUGCUGUGUACUUUAUCGCGAUUUCUGUCGCGCACUUGAUGAAAUCUUCAUUGAAAUUGAAACCUCGAUGGGUGAUAAGCAGAUCACUGCCGUACCUCUCAUACAUUUGGCGAACUUGGAUUGCUUGGAAUGCUUCCUCAAUUUCGAGGAGCGCACAUUGUGCUCUCAAGCGCUCAUGAAGUUAGCACGCAAACCGGACGAAAUCUCUAAUUUGCGACAAGUCUUCCAAGACUUCGAUCGCGAACAAUGUGGCACAGUUACGAGGAAUCAGCUGGUGCGUGCUUUGACAAUACGCGAAAUGCACAAUAUGAUCAGCAGCCGGGAGUUGGAUGCAGUCUACAAGUGUUUCGGCCUACAACGCGGUCUGCGCUUGGAGUUCAAAUAUCGCGAAUUCCUUAGCAUGUUGGACAUACUCUUCCAGACGGGGCAAGUAAAACGCAAUUAUUAGUGAGACCGCCAAUGCCAAUUCAUGUGUUGAAAAAAAAAUUAUUUUUCGUCCUGCUAAGUUUUGUAUAUGUACACACGUGUAUGUGUUGAAAAUUAUUGAUCUUUAUAGGAACGCCAUCGGCAAUACACAAAAAAUUAUUGGAUAAUAUUGUCGAAAAAGGUUUAAAUAAAAAUAUUGUGAAUAUGCGAAUAUCGUA